AUGUUGCAAUCAUCAUCAACAGAGAUUUUAAAAAGUACAGUUCUAGUCCUGAUUUUAGUUGAAUUAGCGUUUUUUGCUACCACAGCAGCGGCAGAUUCGCGCAAUUCCUUUAGUAGUAAUGAAAAUUUAGAUUCCUUAACAGCAUGCCAGCACCUGAAACGAGCGGAAACGCGUCGCGCCAAAGCCCUCGGUGACAACGGCACCAGCGUUAGAAUACCAAAAUGCGCAAAAGACGGCGAUUUUGAGCGAAUCCAGUGCUCCAACGACAUCGAAUCGGCCGACGAAUGUUGGUGCGUUGACGAUUACGGGCUCGAAAUAACCGGAACUCGUACAACCGACAAAGCCAACAUCACGUGCGAGGUGCAAAUCGAUUGUCCGGCAUCAUCUUGUCGCAUGUUCUGUCCCGCUGGAUUCGCCAAAGAUCUGCGAAGUGGCUGUCCGAUUUGCAAAUGUCGUGAUCCGUGUGAAGGUUUGAAGUGUCCUCGAGGCACAGAAUGCCAACCAAUGAACGUGAAAUGUCGUUCGGAGCCUUGUCCGCCGGUUCCUUCGUGCCGGAAAGCAAAAAGUUUGAGCGAUUUGUGUCCGUAUGGACAACCGUUGCCAAUUAAUGGAGAAAUUCGACCAUUUUUGUGUGGAUUGGAUCCGGGAAAACCCACGUGUCCUCCAUUGUAUAAAUGUCUCGUUCAAUCUGGCAACGAUUAUGGCGUUUGUUGUCCUGGAUCAGUAAAUUACGAGAAACCCGGGAUGUGCCCUGCGGGAAAUGGACCGAUGCAAGUUUACGGACAAUGCGGAAGCAGUUGCCGAUCGGAUAUCGAAUGUCCCCAAAUGGAAAAAUGUUGCUUUAAUCCGUCGUGCGGGCAAUCUUGUCAGCAACCGAUGAACAUUACGGUGUGUCAUCAAGUCAAACUCUUGUCCGAAGUGCUUUCCAUCAAUGAACGCGAAGGUCGUGGUUACAUUCCAGACUGCAGCGGACCAAAUGGAAACUUUGCCGGGAAGCAGUGCAGUCGAAACGGGCUCGUUUGUUGGUGCGUCGAGCCCAUUAAUGGCAAUAAGAUCGAAGGAACGAUGGGAGCUGCGGAAAUGGUGAAUUGCGAUAAUGUUCAAGUGCCCGUGAGAAGCAGUAGCAGAAGUUUGGAUGGCGGAUGUGACAAACACAUUUGCGCUGCUGUGUGUGAAUAUGGAUUUAAGAACGAUCACCGAGGAUGUCCAACCUGCGAAUGUUCCGAACCUUGCGAAAACUUCAAAUGCCCCAUGGGCACUCAUUGCGAAAUCGCCGUCGACCCGGAAUGCUACGACAGCAGCCUUUGCUCUUCCGAACCUGUCUGCAAACCAAAUUUGGUCUAUUCUAACCCAUGUGACAUUGGCGUCCCAUUAGCUGAUAACGUCACGAGCGAACUUUUGUACUGUCAUCAAGCCCUUCGUGAGAGUCGCGAAUACCAACAACGCUCGUUUUGGGAUGAAGAUUCCGUCGAAUCAGGAGCCCGAUCGCUCUCCAACACAAUCGAAUGCCCCUCGGACUACGAAUGUACGAAACUUCACAAAGAAUCUGGCAGCGUUUGUUGUCCCACACCUCAGGAAUCUGCUGUCGAAGAAGAUUACGAUCGUCAACAAUCAAUGUGCGAAUAUUUGCGGGACUUUAGUGAACGCAUGGAAGGCACCGAGGAAGGCAUGACUUUGGCAAUUACACCUCCAACCUGCAAAAAUGACGGCUUAUACGAAUCAAUGCAGUGCAAACGCAAAAUCGUUCAAGUAAAACCCUCAGAGGAAAAACGAGUGCUCGAAAAUAAAAGCAUUCGUGAAAUGCGAAAAUUAUUAUCGAAAGAAAAAAGGUCACGUCGCGACGUAGAAACCUCAGAGAAAAAUCGUUCAGCAAAAAUCAUCGAAAAUUUCGACGUUUCUGAUCAAACUUUAACCACAAAAACGCGAAAACGUCGUCCCGCUACGGAAUCUGUGGUCGCCAUCGAGAUCGAGGAAUGUUGGUGCGUCGACAAUUUCGGUACAGAAAUCCCCAAAACUCGCAGCGACAACACCACACUCGAAUAUUGCAACGAUUUACGUGAGGAACUCGAAUGCCUGGAUGUCACAUGUCGCAUGGCAUGCGAUUACGGCUUCAUUUUGGACCCCGUUACUCGUUGCCCCAGCUGCGAAUGUCGUUCCCCCUGCGACGGCGUCGAAUGCGGCGAAGGUCACGAAUGUCGUAUCGUCGAAGUCUCGUGCGAAAAUGAAUAUUGCCCGCCGGUGCCUGCCUGCAUGCCCCGCAAACCAGGCCAAUGUCCGUAUUUGGUGCCCCCCGGACUGGAAAAUAUCGAUUCUGAUUCUUGCGAUUUCGAGUGUCGCUCGGAUUAUCACUGCGACGGCACAAAACGUUGCUGUUCGAAUGGCUGCGGAACACAAUGCGUCGAACCAGAGCUAAAAACGGCAUGUCAACACUUGCAAUCGCUGCAGAUGCAUCAGUCAAUUGAGCUCGGAGUACCUGCGAAAGACAAAUAUAUCGCGCAAUGCAAUGCCGAAGGUGGUUUUGAGACCGUGCAAUGUGGUCCGAGCAACGUUUGUUGGUGCGUUGAUGAAUUUGGCAAGGAAAAAAGUGGCACCCGAACAUCCCAAGGACGACCAAAUUGCGAAAUUAUGGCGAGAAGUGAUUGUGGAAAUAUUUCGUGUGCCCCCUGCGAACACGGAUAUGUCAUCGACGAGAACGGAUGUCGCACGUGUCAAUGUAAGGAGCCUUGUAAGGACAUUAGUUGCCCUCGCGGCGAGAAAUGCGAACUGAUAAAGGUCGAAUGUACCGACCAGCAAUACUGUUCGUUGCCAAUUUGCACCCCAAUUCGUGAUUCGGUGUGCAUGGAAGGCCUUCCCUUCAAGAUUGAAGGUCGCGAAUUGAUGUGCGGACCGGAUCGUGACCUUGAUUCGUGUCCUUCGACGCAUACAUGUCAAAUUGACCCAAAUACAAAACGGGGAGUUUGUUGCCCGAAAACCCGAGAUUCGUGUUUUGAGUCAAUUUCAUCGUCUUGUAGUCAAGCCAGCUCGUCAAAAACCGACGAUAUGGUCACAAAAUGGCGUUUCAGUCCGAAACAUAAUAAAUGUAUCCCCUUUUCGAUCCCCAAACACUCAAACUGCCAGAUGAAAAAUAUGUUUGACAGCGAUUUCAAUUGCAAUGCCGUCUGUCCCGUGUUAUCGCAAUGCGAAAGACUCAAAUUAAAAAAUUCUCUCGUCGCCAAACGCUCCGGACAAACAAACGCUUGGUUCCAACCGAGAUGCGAUGACGUCACUGGCUCAUGGAACCCCGUCCAAUGCUUGGGAGACACGAAAAAUGACACUUCCAAUAUGCGAGUUUGUUGGUGCGCCGACAAAAAAGGCGCCCCCAUCAAAGGUUCCUUGGUCAAAGGAGCCGAACCGAUUUGCAAUCAUCGUCAAGCUCGUCGCCGUUUGGAUCCAGGAGCGCAAAUCACCGAUCCCUUCAUGGAAGAACUCAUCCGGCAAGUCACUUUCUUGAGCGAUGACAACCAUUUAACGGAAGAUUUCGAAUACGAAGUUGACGAAUACGCAACAACGAUGAAAACGAUCACGGAAAAUCUCCAAAAAACCGUUACUGAGCUGCCGAUUCACAAAACGCGGUGUCAAUCCAUUAAGGAACGUGCCUCGUUCGAAGUUUCUUGCGACCAAAAUGGAGCUUUUGUGCCGGAACAAUGCGAUCGGAGUAAAUGUUGGUGUGUGGAUGCAGCAGGAAAUCAAGUUUCAGGCACUUUUGUAAAGGGCAGCAAGACUUGCGAUCAUAUCCCCAUCGAUUCGAUUGAAAUUGAACUUUUGUUGAAGAACGAGAAAAAGCUGCCGAACCUUUAUGACGUCAUUCGACAGGAUUUGACGACGAUUUUUGGCAGUAAUCCUUUUAACUUGCGCGUUAAAGAUAACGAAGAUGGAACAAUUUUAGUGAAAUUUGAUCUUUUGGACGAAUUAAAGAUCGAUCAGGCUUUUGCUCUUGAAGAAGCUAUCAAAAAAUCGCAAGUCACCCUUUUCCAAGGUCAAUUAGUCCCAGAUAUCACCGAUUCCACGUUCAGAUUAAAGACAGCAGAAAAUGCCCCGAAAACCUCGUCACUCAAUGGAAUGCCCCAAAAUGCCUUCCACACAGUCGUUUUUAUUCUGGCAACAACGUCCGCCUUCAUCGUCAGUUUGUUCGUGAUUUAUGUGAUGCUGAAACGCGGAAAAACCGUCAAAAGUUACGACUCGAACAAGACGUUUGUGCCGAUGAACGAUAAAAAUUUGGAUUAUACGUCGCCGAUUUUUGUGCUGAGUCCGGAGGAUAAAAGGACGAUAAAACCGAUGAAUGAGUGAUUUUUUGAACGGAUUGUAAAAAAAAUAAGAAGAGUUUAAGUUAAAAUAAUUUAUAAGAGCUUAUUCGAUUUGUUUGGGGGUAAGAGGGACUUUUCUUCUAGAUUUUCUUUUUUUUAAUGAAUUCUUUGAUGGAAUUCAGAUUUACU